UCAUUAUACAUGUAAAAUAAGAUUUGAUCUUUGUUUCCUUUAUUAUUAUCGACUUGACUUGAUUCAUAAACUAUGCCCACUUGAUUAUUCGAGUAGAUGAUACGUUCUUUGGUGGUUGUUGACUUUCUCUUUAUCAAUUGGGUCAUCGAAUUGAAGGUUUCUAUGAUUCUUUGAGUUUCUUAAAAUACCCAUAAAGAAAAGAUCGUGGGUUUUUGAUUUAUUCGAAGCUAAAGCCUUCUUGAUGAUGUGAUUCUUUGAGUUUCUUGAAAUACCCAUAUCAUAAAGAUUGUGGGUUUUUCAUUUCUUUGAUGCUUAAAUCCUUCUGGAUCUCAAAAAGAUUGUGGGUUUUUAAUUUCUUUGAUGCUAUCACUUCCCUAAUUCUUGCCCUAAAUUUGCAAUUUCUAGGGUUUACCAUGGUUCUGUUGACCGAUUCAUGUAUUGAUUGAGUGCAAUCAGGAAUUGAAUUGAUGGGUGUAGAUCAAAGAACGAAGACCCUAUUCGUAUUAUCCAAUUGAAUUCAUAAAGAUUGUUACUUUUGUCUUGAGGAAACAAGAACAAGAACAAAUUAAAGAUCUUUAGGUGUUUGCAUACAUAAAUUUUCCGUUAUAGAUAAAGUCAAAAGAUCAAAGAUGUCAGGAGUUCAAGAUUCAUUAGAGAUAAAAUUCCGUUUGAUUGAUGGGUCAGAUAUUGGUCCUAAAAGCUUUCCAGCAGCUGCAAGUGUUGCGACUUUGAAAGAAAGCAUACUUUCUCAAUGGCCUAAAGAAAAGGAGAAUGCUCCAAAAACAGUUAAAGAUUUAAAGAUCAUUAGUGCAGGAAAAAUAUUGGAGAACAAUAGAACAAUAGGCGAAUGCAGGAGUCCUUUGUGUGAUGUUCCUGGUGGAGUUACUACUAUGCAUGUUGUCGUUAGCCAACCACCUCAAGAAAAAGAAAAGAAAGUGACAGAUGAUCCAAAGAUAAACAAGUGUGUAUGUGUGAUAUUAUAAGAAGCAAAUCCAAAUACAACCGAUUUACAUCUUCAUUUGCAGAUGAUGAUGAUGAUGCUGUUAAUGAAUGGUUUGGACUUUGGAUUGAGGUUUUACAAAGAAAAAAGAAAAAGGAAAAAUUGGUGAAAUUAUAUACAUUUGUAUCUAUACAGAUUUUUUUUUUUUUUUUGGGUUGUUUUUUUUUUUUUGCAUAUUUUGUUAAAUCCUGUGGAUUUUUUUACUUGAAAAAUCUUUCUUGAUGGCUUUUGAUUCUUAUUUGGUUGGAAAACUGUGAUUAGAUUUGAUUAUUUGAAUGGAAACGAAGUAUAUUUCUUGUU